AUGGAUUUGCAAAACGAAGAGAUCAGUGCACGUCGUCCGAGAGGCCGUGGCCGAGGAGCUCGAGGGAGAAUGCCACUGACGGACGAAAGAAAUUCAUCUUCAGCUACCUUUGGAGGAAAUGCUAUGUCAAAUUUGUCCGAUACUUCGCACUCGCAGUGUUCAGUACAGCCAACCAAAGCAGGGCCAUUUUUAUGUCAGCACGAUGAAGCGUCGUCUCAGACCUCUGAUUCGCAGUCUCAAGCUUCCGGUGAAAAUGAAUCCAUGAAGUCGGGUAAUACUAACGGAAGUUUUGCUUCAAUAAACAGUGGAUCAGCGACAAAAAAAGAAAAGAUUGCGAAAGCGCAGAGAACGGUUUGCCAAACGGCUAUGCAUUUCGGCUCAUUCGCGAGACGGACAGAUAGUUCUGGAAGUUCUGUUUCUUCUUUGGAAAACAAUUGUUUUCGACCUCAUGCUCCUCGAAGUACUGGCGUGGACAAUCGAGAAAAAAAACUUGGGUUGCUAUCAAGGACUGGUCGCUCAUUUCAGUUUAACAACGCCCCUCGUGAGGUCAUGCGUGGACCUAGAUCUUGUGUUAUGGCCAGAAAGUUAUCACCAGCUUCCCAGAAAGAAACUGUGUUGGUCACCACCAAUAUAUUCCCCCUUGAAGUAGAAAGCCGUGUGGUUUAUCGAUAUGAUGUUCGGAUGGUGUCGAGUAGGCGUGAUACUUCGAAAGAAAGGACUCGUGACUUGUGCAAAGGCGACAGAGAUGAGUAUGAUUUUUCCAGAAUUACCUCUGAAUCUACAAUGCGACACCACAAAUGUAUGCUUCUUCUGAGACGUGCUCUGGAAAUUUAUCGUCUGUUAAAUGAAAGUGGAGCGUACUUAUAUGACUUAUCAAGUUCUCUGUUCACCAACGAACCUUUGAAUAAAGAUCAAUUACCAAGGUUGACCAUAAGUUAUGAGCAAAUGACGAGCGAACUGCAAGGUUUGAUGGGUGAAGUAGACGUUCGAAUUGAAAUCACCCCUUGUGCUGAAAAUGCUCAUACGUUCAAUAUUGCUGACUAUCGCUCUUCGAUUACGAAUGAUUUGAAUUGUCAAGAUCAUUCUCUUCGACAGUUUUUUGAGAUUUUAACUAAUAGCAGCGCACUUCAGAAAGGUACGCAUUACGCAUUCGGUAGUGGUAAGCUCUUUAUGUUGAAUGGGGAUGAAUUUGGCUUACCUGACAAACCUCUAAAUGAAUGUCGGACUUUGAUGACUGGAGCUGACAAGGGCAUCAGGUUUAUUGAUGGAGACGGUUCCGGCAUUGUUCCAGCUCUAGUUCUUGAUAGCAAGAAGUCGGCAUUUUUUGAUGCGCUUUCUCUUCCUGAAGUAGUCAGAGGUAUUUUAAUGAAAAAUGCGGAUCCAGAUACGCCAUUUCCGAAGUUAGAUGAAAGGCUUUUUCGCGAGUUCAACCGUAAAAUUGGCGACAUAAUUCGAGAUUUGCGGCUUGAGCACAUUGACAAUGCUAAACAAUCUUUUGUUGCUUCCGGUUUAUCAGACAAGCCAGUCAGUCAAAUAACGAUGAAAUUUCCAAAAAGGCGUGAUGGUAUUGGUAUGGUGGAAUUUUACAGGAAGCAGGGUGUGCGUCUCAGGCCUGACUUGCCGGCCGUCCGUCUCACUUCUCCUUUCGGGACCACGUAUUUUCCAAUUGAAGUUUUGCGUGUUGCUCCUCGUCAGCGUGUUCCUAUCAGCAAGCAGACGGCGUGGCAGAUGAAAGAUGCAAUUAAGGAGUGCGCUGUUUCUCCAUCAGUUCGUUUUAUGGAGAUCUCGAGAAAUUUGGCGGCAUUAGAUCUUAACCAAGGUGCACGUUAUAACCCGUUUAUGGCAGCAUUUGGAGUGCGUAUAAGUUGUAAACCGAUGAAGGUAGAAGGGCAUAGGCGUAGUGCUCCAAAAGUUCAGUAUUCGUCUGGCCGUCGCGGAAAUGGUUUGACCGAAGUUGACAAUAAAAACGUACCAGAUUGUUUUUUUUUUAUUUCAGUAACCGGUUCUAAAGCGAAUUGGCGUAUGCUAAAUAAAGAGUAUUUGGUUGGAGCAGAGCUGGGAUAUUGGUUUAUGCUGUAUGAUGACGAGCGUGACAAAGCGUCUGUUACGGCUUUCAAGGACGUUCUUGUUCGGGAGUGUCGUAGGAAGGGAAUGAGGGUUUCUGAGCCAGACUUAAGGAAUGUGCCAUUCGAUGAAAUAGAGGGCUUUUUUGAAAACCUUCGGAAGAAGUCUCCUAAAGGGCAAAUCUUCUUAAUGUACAUGGAUGCGCGUGAUGAUACUCAUGAUGAUUUGAAACUAAUGGAAGCGCUAUAUCGAGUUAUCACCCAGCAUGUACACAUGAUACGUGUUAAGGAAGCCCCAAAGAAAUCUGCAACAUUGGAGAACAUAGUAAACAAGUUGAACUGUAAAAAUUUUGGUCAAUGCUAUGGCAUUGUUCCUGAGUCUUUUGGAACCAAUAAAUGGAUAUCCACCGGAAAAACUCUGAUUAUUGGCUAUGAUGUUUGCCAUCCGGAGCCGCAACCAAAACAUGAACGCCGCUUGAAAAUGGCCCAAACCCAGCCUAGUGUUUUGGGAAUUAGUUUCAAUGGAGCGUUUUGCCCUGAGACUUUUAUUGGGGAUUAUGCAUUCCAGCAACCGCGUCAGGAACAAGCUACCGGUUCGAUUCUUGAGGAACGUAUAUUUUGGAUUCUCAGUUUGUUCCAGAAGAAUCGAGGGACGCUCCCUGAUAUGGUUAUCAUAACUCGAGAUGGAGUUUCGGAAGGACAAUACAAGAUGGUAAAAACAAAUAUGUCUUUAGUUGCACGGGCGUGGGGUAUAAUUUUCCGUGUUCGUUACCUAAAAGGUGGUAGCUUGGGGAUCAUAGUUAUGGAAGAUGAAGUGGAAGCCAUCCGUACAGGUAUUCGGAAUUAUGCGGAGCAUGUCGGAGUGCCUGACUUCAAUCCUCCUAUUGUGUGCAUUAUUGCUUGUAAGCGCCAUAACAAACGAUUUGCAAUAGAUACAGGCCGCGGGUAUGAUAACUGUUUACCCAUGACCGUUAUUGAUAAGGACGUUACUAGACCAGAUAUGACGGAAUUUUUUAUGCAGGCUCACAAAAUUAUCAAGGGGACAGGGAAGCUGCCUGCCUAUUCAAUGCCAGUAAAUGAGGCGGGCUUAAGUAUGGAUGAAGUGCAGUCACUAAUGUUAGCUCUAUGUUUCACGCAUCAGAUAGUCAACCAAGCGAUUUCGAUUCCAGAGCCCAUCUAUCAAGCAGACGAGUGGGCUAAGAGAGGGCGCAAUAACUUUAAGGCGAUGUUAAAACGAGUUGGUGGUAGGGACCACCUUCCAAUGUUGUCAAAAGAAGAGGUCGACUGGCGAAAAGUGACUACGAGGUUAUGCUACAUGAACAGUGAGCUUCAGUUAACACGAGCGAAUGCGUGA